UGCCCUCGAAUACCGCUCUACAGCCACGCCCAGACACAAACGACACAGUUCUUCCUCAUCCAGACAUUUGGGAACAAUCCUCCAUUUUUGCUGGACGCCCAUGGCCCGAAGGCGAAGGUUAUCCAGUCAGUUAUACCGUCAAAGCGACAACGAUAACGCCUCCGGGUUUGGUGUAUCCCUCUGUGGACUCUCCUUCGACUGCGACUCGUUCAUCUUCAACAGAUUCGGGCGACUGUGAAGACGAUACUGGCAUCGAACUACAUUAUCCACCCUCCGAAACGUCCCUUCCACUACCUGAGGGCUUCCAAUGGCCAAUGUUCCUUCCUCCUUCUGGCUCUCAACACUCGAAAUUCGGUAUCGGAUCUGGAGGCUCGCUUUCUCUCCAGUUCCCCACACCCACAGACGAGCCUGAAGAACAAUUCUCUUUUUCUCGAUUGUUCUCGCCAUCGACGAACUCAUUUCCUGGUGCGGAACCCGCUAGCCCUCCCAUAGCAUCUCUCAGCCCUGCACCUGGCUCCGACGUCUUCGACGGCCUUCACUUGAUGGGCCCAGAGCGUGAUCUCAAAGCCGCAUAUCCUUCACCCCAGCAUACGGUGUCCAUUACUAGCUCUGGAAACGGCGACGACAACCCGCUUGGCCCAUCGCAGCUGUAUUCGCCUGAUCGCGUUGACGAUACUGCAGACGACGCGUCGUAUUCGGCGCAGAACAACUAUGCGCUGCCCAUUAUGGCGUUCGACCCUUCUCAAUUUACCUUGACAAAUCUAUGUCUGCCAAAUCGUGCCCCUCCAUCUCUGGGAGUCAAUUCGCGGACCGCAUCUUCGAACUCGAGCCACCAGUCCUCAGACUCCAAUUCCUCAAGUCGCUCUGGUCGGGGCCUCAGUGGAUGGUGCGAUAGCGAAGUACAAAACCUGCCAUCCCUCGCGCCGCUCUCUUCGAACCUUCAAAAAAAGCAUCAGCGUUCCAUUUCACCUCCGUUCCUCGGUGCAGCUUCUCGGAGUGAUGCUAUGUUGUCGGCCGUGUCAUCUAAGAACAGCAGCGCCAGUAGCCAUCGCGCCUCAUCGUUCCGGGAGACGAAACGUCUUCGUCCGUCGCCGGGUUCAACUUUGACCCACAGUAGCAACCCAGGUUCAAAGCUUGGCGAACGCUCUGAUCCAGAGUUGCAUUCCGACGAAGAGUCUAAUUCCGAUGGAGACUCGGACGACUACCACCCAUCUCGUUCCCCAUCUCCAGCUGCAUUCGCGCCCUCGUUCAGGCGUGCUCAUGGACAUUCCAACGGUCUUGCGCCGCCUGCGCCAUCUAGGAGGAAGUCCAAGGCGUGUAAGGGCAAGGCGAAGGGGUCCGCGGCGCUCGCACUGGCCGUCGUUACGCAGAUGGGUGCAGAGAAGCAUAGGGAGGGGAGCGAGCACUUGUACGACUCCGAGGACCUCGACUCUCUGGCACUCUACCGCGAAGGCGUGACGGGCAUUCGUAAGAGGAAGAACCACCCCAUACCCUUGCCGAUCCCCGUCCCGAACUUGAACAAGAAGAGUCGUGGGCGCAAGGUGCCUUUCGUUGCGGGUGUCGAGGAAGGCGAUGAAGUUGAGAGUAAGCAAAUCGCGGCGGUGACAGAUGCCAACGAGACCCAAACCUCUGGACGUACGCGCAGGAAGGCGGCGACCGCACCGGCAGCCGUCGUCGACGAACUUGCGGGGAGCAGGACGGCCAUGUUCGAAGCAUUCAUACGCACGACAAACGGCACCCAUGCCCUUACGAAGGAUGCGACAAGACCUUCAGUCGUCGUGAUAAUCUCGGACAGCACGUUCGUAUUCAUCUCCAGCCUUGAUCUUUAGA